GAUCGUACUCGUAUUUCUAUUCUUUUAGCAUGCAACACAACUGGUACUGAAAAAAUAAAGCCUCUUGUAAUAGGAUCUUCAAUUGAACCACGGGCAUUAUCUGGUAUAAACCAUGCUAUAUUACCUGUAACAUAUUGCUCUAAUUUAAAAGCAUGGAUGAAAAGUGACAUAUACGGAGACAAAGGCAAGCGUGAUAGAGGUCGAGCAAGUGUUUAUGCACUUUCUGAUUUGUCUAAUUAUAAACCAACAAAUAUUCAAGUUAAAUUUUUGCCCGCUUUAACUACUUCGCAUCUUCAACCUAUGGAUGCGAGAAUUAUUAAAUGCUUCAAGGCAAAAUAUCAAAAAAAAUAUAUUCAACAUAUUCUGGAUCAGUUUGACAGAGGACUAGAUAUUCGAGAUCCUAAUACUUAUAUUCCUACGGAGGAAAUACUUGAUGAUAACCAAAUUGUUGAAACUGUAUUAGCGGAUCAAUUAGAACGUCAGCAAGGUGAUCCAGAUGAUUCGGAUGAUGAGCCACCAAAAAUUUCUGCUUAUGAA